AUGCGUCGACCGGAGAUAAAUACCACACGGCUCCCAAAGCAGCUGCGCGAGGAGCUGGGACUGAAGGACAGCCGGGACAGUGGGAGAUCCAACAGAGGGCGAGGGAAGCCUCUGAGCAGGAAAGAAAGACGAAAGGAAGAACGGUCACAGAAGAAACAGCAUCAUCAGCAGCCGCGGAAGCCGGUGCAACGACAUGUACGAGGUGACCAGGACCAGGACUCUGGUACAGAAGCUUCUUCGGACGAUGAUGCUGGUGACAGAAAGCUACGAUCGACCGUACCAGCGAAACCGGAACCCAAGUCUAUUCUGAAGAAGCGGAAGCGAAGUGAUAGUACAAAGAAGAACGACGAUGCAGAUGUUGCCCUUCCUGAGCGCAAAAUCCCACGGGCUGUUCGGGAAAAGCUUGAAGAGGACGACAGGGAGAUAGCUCGGCUGGAGAAGGCCUUGGGGCUGAAGGGGAAGAAGAAACUUCCGAAAUCUUUUGAAGAAGAUGGGCUAGCUGAGAUACUGGGUGACCUGGGAGGGUACGAUUCUGAGACAGACCUGAAGAGGCGCAAGCAAGACGGCGAUGAAUGGCUACAGAGCAAAAGGAGAAAAGCCCAGGCUCAGGCGCAGGCUGAUAUGAGUCUCGACGAAGACUCAGAUAGUAACAGCGAUGGUUUCGAUUUGGACAGUGGAGACGAUGAAACGGACGAAGACGAUGAAAAUAUGCUGGAUGGAUUAGAGGAGGAUGACGAGGGCAGCGAAGAGGGCAGCAUGGACGAAUUCGAAGGAUUCGACGACGAACCUGAACAGCCUCCCAAACGAAUAAAAGAGAACCCAUAUGUUGCGCCUGUAACUCCCUCCAGCAAAGACCAACCAAAGUACAUUCCGCCAUCGCUACGUGCGGCUGCAGCAACAGAAUCUGAAGCUCUCAUUCGUGUUCGUCGUCAAUUGCAGGGCCAGCUCAACAAGCUAUCAGAAGCCAACCUGAUAUCCAUUCUCUCUGAGAUCGAAAAGAUAUAUCAAGAUCACCCGCGCAAAAACGUCGCAACCACUCUAAUAGAUCUAUUGCUUGCUUCAGUAGCUGAUAGGAGCACCCUUAAUGACACCUUCGUCAUCCUCCACGCUGCCUUUAUAUCUGCGGUGUAUAAGGUGAUUGGAAUGGAUUUUGGAGCAGAGCUUGUGCAGCGCGUCGUGGAAAAGUUUGAUGCAGUCUACGAGGAUAAAAACUCCAGUGGUCAUGCCUCUAAGAGCAAGAUACUAUCAAACCUGAUGUCUUUGCUAUCACAUCUAUAUAAUUUUCAUGUUAUUGGAAGCAGUCUAGCGUUUGAUUAUAUUCGUCUCUUACUCACGGAGAUCAAUGAGUUGAACACUGAACUGCUUCUGAAAAUUAUCAAGAGUUCCGGACCUCAGCUGAGGCAAGAUGACCCGUCCUCACUGAAGGACAUUGUGAUGCUCGUCCAGCCAGCAGUAGCUCGAGUUGGCGACGCAGCAUUAUCAGUUCGCACGAAAUUCAUGAUUGAAAUGAUCACCGAUCUCAAAAAUAAUCGCCUAAAAACCGGCAUUGCCGGUACAGCACUGGCUUCCGAGCAUAUCACCAAGAUGCGGAAAGUUCUUGGAACCCUGAAUAACAGAAACCUCCGAGCCAGCGAGCCACUCAGAAUCAGCCGAGCGGAUAUUCAUAACUCAUCUAAGACAGGGAAAUGGUGGCUUGUUGGUGCAAGCUGGAAGAAUCCUUCAAUGACUGAUGACCACGGCAAUGAACCCAGUGCAGGCCGUGAUACAGUUAUGACAGACACUUUAGAUAUCGAUAUCACCGGAGGAGCAGUUGACUUAGGUCAACUGGCCAGAGCCCAUCGCAUGAACACUGACGUUCGACGAUCGAUAUUUGUCGCAAUAAUGUCGGCAACCGACUGUCGAGAUGCAUAUCUCCGGCUAACCAAACUCCAUUUAAAACGAAAUCAAGGGACCGAAAUUCCUCGCGUCUUGAUUCAUUGCGCAACCGAGGAGGAAGCGCAUAACCCUUACUACACCUUGAUAGCCCGAAAGCUAUGUGGCGAGAAGAGAAUGAGGAUGGCGUUUAUGUUCUCUCUUUGGGAUAUCUUUAAGAAGAUGGGAGAGCGAGGCCACUUGGAGGAGGACAAUGAUUUCAGUGGCAUUGAUGCCGAAGACGAGGAAAAUGCACUCAGCACAAGAGCAAUAUUCAACCUGGCGAAGAUGUUUGCCAGUUUGAUUGCAGAGGGUAGCUUGUCUUUAGGCAUCCUUAAAAUCCUCGAUUUCCCGUACUUGCAGCCGAAAACAAAGACGUUCGUGGAGAUUCUUCUGAUAACAGUCAUGACUCAAUCCCAGCAGAAAUCACAUCAAAAGCACAAGAGCGAAGGCAAUACCGACGAUGGGUAUGACGAGAAGGCUCUAGUGACUAUUUUUAUGAAAACCAGCGAGACGCCGCAAGUGAUUGCAGGGCUCAGAUAUUUUAUCCGCAAAGUCGUUACCAAGUCUGACGUAGUGACUUCGAAACGGGAUAAGAAGUUGGUGAAAUGGGCAUGCAAAACUGCCCUUGAUACAUUGAGUAUCGUCGCGGAAGGAGGUUCAACGGCUUAG